AUGUCUACUUCUCUCGAUCAGCUCAAGGCCACCGGCACGGUCGUCGUGUCCGACUCUGGUGACUUUGCUUCCAUUGCCAAGUACAAGCCCCAGGAUGCCACCACCAACCCCUCCCUGAUCCUCGCUGCCUCCAAGAAGACCGAGUAUGCUCAGCUCAUGGACGACGCUAUUGCCUACGGCAAGAAGCAGGGCGGUGACAUUGACUCUCAGGUCGAGCACGCUCUCGACCGUCUCCUCGUCGAGUUCGGCCGGGAGAUUCUCAAGAUCGUCCCCGGUAAGGUCUCCACCGAGGUCGACGCCCGCUUCUCUUUCGACACCAACGCCUCCGUCGAGAAGGCUCUCCACAUCAUCGACCUGUACAAGCAGGAGGGUGUCGAGAAGGAGCGCGUCCUCAUCAAGAUCGCCUCCACCUGGGAGGGUAUCAAAGCCGCCGAGAUCCUUCAGCGCGACCACGGCAUCAACUGCAACCUUACCCUCAUGUUCUCCCAGACUCAGGCUAUCGCCGCCGCCGAGGCCAACGCCUACCUCAUCUCUCCCUUCGUCGGCCGCAUCCUUGACUGGUUCAAGGCUGCCAACAAGAAGGAGUACUCCAAGGAGGAGGACCCCGGUGUCGCCUCGGUCAAGUCUAUCUUCAACUACUACAAGAAGUUCGGCUACAAGACUAUUGUCAUGGGUGCCUCUUUCCGCAGCACUGGCGAGAUCACCGAGCUUGCUGGCUGUGACUACCUGACCAUCUCCCCCAACCUGCUCGAGGAUCUGUCCAACUCCUCCGAGGCCGUCCCCAAGAAGCUUGACGCCAGCCAGGCCUCAUCUCUCGACAUUUCCAAGAAGUCGUACAUCAACGACGAGGCUCUGUUCCGCUUCGACUUCAACGAGGACCAGAUGGCCGUCGAGAAGCUCCGCGAGGGUAUCUCCAAGUUCGCUGCCGACGCUAUCACUCUCAAGGGCAUCCUCAAGGAGAAGCUGUCCUCGUAG